AAAGCCUUGAGCUCUGUGACUACUUGGUAACAUAACAACAAAAAAAAAAAUUCUAAAUGACAACCAUAUUCUGAACAAAUUCUCAGCACUAAAAGAUUAAAAAUCAAGCUGACCAAAAAGAAAGAACAAAACAAAAACAUUUAACUGACUAACCCGAGCAAAAUGCUUUCCCCUUGUGUUUCAUAUAAAAACCAAGGCCCACCCCCCUCUCUCUGAAGCUCCGUCCCACUCAUAUGUUUCUAUUUAAGGGCUGUAGUGUCGACUCUUAUGAUUGGCGUCCACAACCCCCCACUCACUUUCCAGCGCCAGCCUCACAGAGGAGAAGGACUCUUGCAGACUGUUUAUUUUCCUAGGGAACUUUUCCUUGAUUCCCAUCUUCGGCUGUCUGCAGCUCUCUCUCUCGCUCUCUCUCUGUCUCUCCCUGCCGAAAGCAGGACUAUGGAGGCCUUGUUUGCCAAACUGCCAACAUGGAAGCCCGUUAACCAAAGAAACUGAAAAAUUCAGGUCUUUUCCUUCUUUUUUUUUUUCAAAUGUUCCUGUGUGCUUCAGUGUGGGCCGGAGGACGAUUCAGCUAUAUGGCCAGAAGCUUGGGAAUAUGCACUGAGCCUAUGUUGUGUUCUGAUUGGCUGUGGUCCGCUGACGAAUUGGCCUAUGGCGAGUCGGGUGCCCGGGUGUCGCUCGCGGGGAGCCGUGGCUGGAAGCUGGCUGACAGCUUGCUUUUUCCCAUCCCCAGGAGCCGACAACUCUGAUCCCAUGGUGCUGGAGCAGUAUGUGGUGGUGGCCAACUACGAGAAACAAGAGAAUUCUGAGAUCAGCCUGCAAGCAGGGGAAGUAGUGGAUGUGAUUGAGAAGAGCGAGAGUGGCUGGUGGUUUGUAAGCACAGCUGAGGAACAGGGCUGGGUCCCGGCCACAUACCUGGAUUCUCAGAAUGGAACUCGAGACGACUUGGAGCUGAGUACUGCCAGGAGUGGAGAAGAGGAGAAAUAUAUCACAGUGCUGCCGUAUACCAGUCAGAGCAAGGACGAGAUCGGGUUUGAGAAAGGGGUCACUGUGGAGGUCAUCCAGAGGAACCUGGAAGGGUGGUGGUAUAUCAGGCACCUUGGCAAAGAAGGCUGGGCUCCCGCAUCAUACCUGAAAAAGAUGAAGGAUGAUCUUUCCCCACGGAAGAAAACUCUGACUGGCCCUGUGGAGAUCAUCGGAAACAUCAUGGAGAUCAGCAACCUCCUGAACAAGAAGCAGGUGAGCGAGAAGGACGUGCAGACAGACACUGACGCGGAGGAGCCCCCAGUCACCAAGAAGGAGAUCAGCCCCCCCAUCCCCUGCGAGGACACCAGCUGCAGAAUCACCGCCCUGCAGGACAAACAGGGCAGCAGGACUGUCCAGGGAUCCCCAGCUGUGGCCCGCAUCGCUCCUCAAAGAGUUGAGAUCAGUUCACCAAACCUAAGGCAGAAGCCCCCACCAAGAAGAGAAGCCAGUCUGGGAUUCCAGUUACCAAAGCCACCAGAGCCCCCUACUGUUGAAGUAGAGUAUUACACCAUAGCCGAGUUUCAGUCUUGUAUAUCUGAUGGCAUCAGCUUCCGUGGAGGACAGAAGGCUGCAGUUAUAGAGAAGAACUCGGGCGGCUGGUGGUAUGUUCAGAUUGGGGAAAAGGAAGGCUGGGCGCCCUGUUCCUACAUCGACAAAAGAAAGAAACCCAACCUGAACAGGAGAACCAGCACCCUGACUAGGCCAACGAUCCCUCCCCCAGCUCCACCAGUCAAAAAGCAGGAACCUGAGGAAACCGCCCCUUCCAGCAGCAACUCACAAGGCAAGGCCCCAGAUUCCCCACAAAAACCUGUGUACGAGGAACCAGAGUAUGACAUCCCUGCCAUUGGUUGUGAUCUAGAGCCUGAGUCUGGCUCUUUAAAGAGAGAUAAGCCACCUGAGGUAAAGAAUGAAAAUGUGAUCUCUGGGAAGAGUUCCCUUCUGUCAUCCAAUCCCAGUCCUGCUUCCUCUCUCCAGAAAGCCAGAUUUAAGGUUGGCGAGUCCUAUGAGGAUGUUGCUCAGGAGGAGGAGACUAUCUACGAAAAUGAUGGCUUCAGACAUUAUGAAGACACAGCCUCCAGCAAAGAAUCCAGCGGGGAUUCGGAUUCUCAGAAAAGCAACUCGCUGUCCAUGCUCCGCAAGGCCUCCUCCACCAGAUCUUCACUUGGAAGCGGAAGAGUUGUGAAAAACAUCCAGCCAGAGCUAGCAAGAAGCCAGUCGCUUCCCAAACAUGAGGAGAGCAAGCCUCGAACAGCUUCAGAUGCCAGCACUCGGGGAGCAGUGAAGAUUGGGGCAUGGAAGGACGUGGAACAGAAGAUUGGUCAGAGCCCUUCCACCAAACCCAAGCCGCUGGUCAGGCCUAAACCUCUGCUUGCCAAAUCAGAGAGUCAGGGCUCAGAGAAAAUGGAUAUUAGCACCCUGAGGCAUCAGCUGCGCCGUACAGGGCAGCUCCAGCUCAAAGCAUCUAAAGGCGAGGAUUUAGAAACUGCAUCAGUGAUCUCCUCAGAAGACUCUGUAUAUUCUAGAAGCACUUCUGACCUAUCAAGCACCUAUUCCAAAGGAAGCAGAGGUGACUCAGACUUUGAGCCCAUUUACAGAACCACUGACCGCUACGAUAAGGUGCAAGAGUCUGAAAUAAGCUUUGCUGCAGGAGUGGAGGUAGAGGUUGUGGACAAGCAGGAAAGUGGGUGGUGGUAUAUCCGGUGUGAAGAAGCUGAAGGAUGGGCUCCUGCAUACUUCUUGGAGCCUGUGAACAACAAGGCAGAUGCUGCAGGGUCAGAGUCUGAAGGUACUCCUACCAAACAGGGUAGCAUAAGCAAGUCCAACAGCCUGGAAAAAAACGAGAAGAGGGUUCAGGCCCUGAACAACAUCAAUCAAAGCAUGAAGAAGGCCAUCCCACCCAUUCCAUCCAAACCACCAGGAGGUUUUUCCAAACCAACAAGCUUGGUGAAUGGUUCGGUCAAAAUGAGAAACGGGGUUCGCCAGUUGGCAGUGAGACCUCAAUCAGUGUUUGUUUCCGCUCCUGCCAAGGAAACCAACCUCCUUUCGUGGUCCCUGCGGAGAAACGAGUCCCUGAACUCCACUGACCAGCUCAGGUCUGGCGUGCCAGUCAGACGGAACUCCUCCUUCAGUGCCAUAAAGCAAACCGACAAGGUGGGCACGGGCAGCACCGAUGCCCUGGGAAGAGCCUCUCAAAGAAAUGGAAUCCCCGUCUCCUCUGCCAAACCCAAGCCUGUUGAGAAGUGCCAGCUCAUACAGAACAAUCUCAAAGAUGUUUACGUUUCCAUAUCAGAUUACCACGGGGAUGAGGAGACUAUGGGAUUCCCAGAAGGGACAUGCUUGGAAGUUCUGGAACGUAAUCCCAAUGGGUGGUGGUACUGCCAAGUCCUGGACAGUGGUGGAUAUCCCCAGAAAGGCUGGGUGCCUUCCAAUUAUUUAGAAAAAAAGAACUAACAGUGUAUCUAUUUAUACAUAACAUGUACAUUUUUUAAAGACAUUGGAUUACACGACAUAGUAUAAGAAAAAAGACACUUUUAGUACUGGUUUACUAAAAAAACAAUGUAUACUUUAAAACUGUAUAAAUAGUCAUUCAUAUAUUAUUAAUAAAAAAGGAUGGCAAGCAGGCUAAGGGGUGGCCACCCCAUUGUCUCAAACUGGGACUAGAGGAAUGGAAACCUUCUUGGAAGUCCUUUUUGAUUUUGGUAAUGGAAAGGAAAAAUAAUUGUUUCAUGAAAGAGGAAAAGAAAAUGAAUAACAUUUCGGAGGAAGUUUAUGAAAUCUUCCAACCUUGCUCACAAAAUAAGUUCAGAUAUCAAAAUGGGUGCCUUUUCUGGAACAGAAGAAAGCUGAGAGCUUUACACAUAUAUACUGAGUAAUUGUUUUGAUUUGUGCCAAAGGCCUUUGUGUGCUGAACACCGCCCAAUUUUCUUUUUCACCUCCCUCGUGUCAAGAAAAAAAUAUAAUCUCUCAAACAGAAGAAAUGAGUUUAGAAGCUGAAACAUCCAAAUAAAGAAAAUGUCAGGCCUACGUGCUGAGGACUUUGAAAACAAAAAGGGUAAAGGUGGCACAAUGGAAGCUAGGACACUCACCUCUCUUGAGACAUCUUGUAUUUUAAACUUUUGUUUGUAUCUUUCUUGACUUCUUUGGAGAUGUAUUUCUGAUCUAGUCUUGUGACACCACACUGCACUAUCAGCCUGUAAUUUGAAGUCAUUAGCCCUCUGGCAGGUUUUUGCUUUUAUGAAUUGGUAAAUAGUUUAAUUGGCUCAGGUUUUGAGUGUUAAGCCCUUGUUUUCCAGUGCAAAUGUAUGCAUUUCUUUUUACUUGACUUUCAAUUAUCUGAAUGGCAUUAAUCUAUUCCCAGUUGCAACUGAAUGUGUUAUUUUAAAAAAGGAACAUUUUAAAAAGCAAAUUGCUGAACCUGUUUUAAAAACGGGAUACACUUUUAUUAAAUGUUUUAAUCAUUGUAAAAGUUUUUAAAUGUUAUUCACUUUUCCCUCCAAUGUUUUUAAGUCAUCACAUUCUACCAGCCCCCCGGUACUGCAAAUCCUCUAUUUGUUCACAAUAUGUAAAAGACUGUCAUUUUUUUUUUUACUAGUAAUUCCAGGAUAAAUACUUUGUAUAUAUUGAUUUUUUGUGUGUUCCCCUCACUUGUAACUGGGAAUGGAAACACACAAUUGUACUGGAAAAAAGGCUUGACAACGACCACCAUAACCCAGGGAUUUUGUGUUGCAUUAAACCCCAAAAUGUGAUUGAACUGAAGAUGUAAUUUCAGUUUUGCAGCUUUGAAUUGGCAAACAUCAAACAUUGAUAAACACCCACUUGGGUACAAAAAUACAAACAAAAAAACCCUUCUAAUGUUUAAAGCUAGAAACACAUAUUGCGAGACAGGAUUAGAUUCAAGUCUACUCAAGUUAUUGAGCAGUAAAUAGUGUUGUGUGCAAUGUUAAGGAAAGGUAUCUGGAACGACCAAAGUAUGAAGUAUUUAUGGCACAAUGGCAGUAAUCUAGGAGUAAUGCAUAUUCUUGAUCAGGUCCCACCCGUAUUUGUGAGAUGAAAACACAUCCAGUAGACCCCAGUAGAUGCUGGUUUAAACUGGACAUAUACUGGUAUCAACUGGAGAACUGCUGGUUUCACUGGUGUUUCUACAGAAUCCCAUUGAAAGCCAGCAGAUGGAGAGCUGGCAUACAGAGCUACUUUCCUUUCUAUCAGUGACUUGCCUUUUGCUGAGGUACAAAACCUCAAUGACUACUUCAAAUGGCUGAUGUCCAAGACUGCUGAAAUAUUUUUCUAAUGAACGAGUUCAAAAACCGGGUUGAACACUAACUUUGUUUGUUUGUAUGUGUUCUGCUGGACAGUAUUAAAUAUAGUUUUAGAUGGAAUACCUGCUAGAUUGCAGUUAUAUUAUAUUGCCAGAACGUAGUUUGUAGUGUGAUUGCACGGGAACAAUAAUGAUGAAUGAAGUGGUUCAUUAUUUGUGAAUUAAUGCACUUUAAAACCUUUUUUUUUUUUUUUUUAAAUGAAGUGCAUUACUUAAAGAUGCAGUAUAAUAAUUUUUAAAUAAAACC